AACUGUGCGCCCCACGUUGAACAUCUUGAGACGCUGCUCAGCUGAAGUAUUCAUUUCAGUGGUAGCAAUCGAUAUACAGUGAAUCGUAAUGACAAUUUAACAUUUUGAUAAAAAGUUUGCUUUUGAGAUUUUAAAAUUUGACAGCUUGUUGGUCAGAAAGCUUUUGGUGGCCAAGUAAAUGCAAACAAAUCCACAGGAACUGUCAAAAGCACGGUUGCAUAUUGAUUCGUUGACGGAUGUAGUUAGGAAUGUGCGGAGUACUUCCGGCUUUCGUGAUUGGCCUAGAGGCGGCAGUGUUUCGACAAGCUCAGAGUUGAGUGCUGGGUUUUCAAUGAUGUGUGCGAGAGGUACUGUAGUAUGGAUCUGCACGGAUUUGUAGUUGAUGUGAGUUAGUUGCAUGAAAUGUAAUGUAAUUAUGGCGUUUAGGAACAUAUUUUCCCGCAACGACAAUCACAAGAAUGAGCUAACGGAGCUGAGUGUCCAGAAGUCCGCGAAUCCCCAGCAUUACCUAUGAUUUGACACUAGGAUGUGGCUGUUGGGAAGGAGUAAUGAGCGUAAAAAUCUGCCUACAGUGCAUCCGUAGGCCAAAGUUUGUGGUGUGCUGUUGACAGAAGUAUGGCUGGUACAAAAUCUACAUCACAAUGCAGCCUUUUGAAACCUGUCUCUGUGCCACAGUGUAUGCAAGAUGGUGAAAAAUUCAUCAAGUGGGAUGAGGAUUCUGGGAGUGGCACACCAGUCACUUUGCGGGUUGAUGCAGAGGGUUUUUACCUUUAUUGGGUGGAUCAGAACAAGGAAAUGGACAUGCUGGACAUUACUUCUAUUAGAGAUGCGAGAACUGGAAAAUAUGCUAAAAUUCCUAAAGACUCUAAGCUGAAGCAGAUUGUUACAAUGGGAUCCCAAGACACUUUAGAAGAAAAGACUGUUACCAUUUGUUAUGGUUCUGAUUUUGUUAAUCUUACAUAUAUUAAUUUUUGUUGCACAAAGAAAGACAUAGCACAAUUAUGGACUGAAGAAAUUCUGAAAAUAGUGUACAAUAUGCUUCAGCUUAAUAGCUCAACACUGAGAUUUUUGAAGAAAGUUCAUUCUAGACUUACACUAUUGACAGACAAAACUGGAAAAAUUCCAAUUAAAAAUGUUAUAAAAAUAUUUACACAAAACAAGGAGGAUCGAAAGAGAGUUGAAAAAGCUCUGGAUAUAUCUGGGUUUCCAUCAGGGAAGAAUGAUGCUUUAAGUCUACAGAAAUUCCAGUUUGAGGACUUCUUCAACUUCUACAAAAAUCUGACACAGAGAACUGAAGUAGAAAAAAUAUUUGAGGAACUCUGUGGCACACAGAAGAGAAGAUUUAUGACAGCAGCACAGUUUGUGGAGUUCCUCAAUAAGACUCAGAGAGAUCCGAGACUGAAUGAAAUACUCUACCCUUAUGCAAACACAUCUAGAGCUAAGGAUCUUAUUCAGCAGUAUGAGCCCAAUAAGUACAAUGCCCAACGUGGGCAGCUGAGUUUUGAUGGAUUUUUGCAAUAUCUAAUGAGUGAGGACAACCCGAUUAUAUCAGCUUCAAAACUAGACUUGUCAGAUGAUAUGGACCAACCACUUCCACAUUAUUUUAUCAACUCCUCUCACAAUACGUACCUGACAGGUCAUCAGUUGACUGGGAAAUCAGCUGUGGAAAUGUACAGACAGUGUUUACUGGCUGGAUGUCGAUGUGUUGAGCUUGAUUUCUGGAAUGGACGAACAGAGGAACCUGUCAUUGUUCAUGGCUACACUUUUGUACCUGAGAUUCCUGCAAAGGAAGUUAUAGAAGCCAUUGCGGAAUCAGCUUUUAAGACUUCAGAUUACCCUGUGAUUCUGUCAUUUGAGAAUCAUUGUAAUCCUAGACAACAAGCAAAAAUUGCCCAGUAUUGCAGGGAAAUCUUUGGUGAAAAUCUCUUGGAUGCACCGUUGGAAUCUCACAAGCUGGAGCCUGGCUCAGAGCUGCCACCCCCUUCUCUACUGAGACGCAAGAUAAUAAUCAAGAACAAGAAGAAACACCACCACCAUCACCAUAAAAAAAAUCAAAACUCAUCAAAUACAUCUGAUGGUAGCAGUGCAGUUGCAGCUACCCAGGGAAAUGGUGAUGUUCCACAUGUGCAUGCCCCUCCUCUUCAGUCACGCCAAGGAAGCAAAGACAGCACACAAGAUGAUGAUGACGACGAUGAUGAGAGCAGCAGUGCUGAUGAAAUAGAAGAUGAUGUUGCAGAAGAAACAAAGGGUUUACAUGAUAAGAUUCCUGCUGAGAAAGCAGCUGCUCAAGAGACUGAGGCUGGUGCUGAAAUAUCAGCAUUGGUCAAUUACGUUCAACCAGUACACUUCUCGUCAUUCGAAAAUUCUGAAAAAAAGAAUAGACCCUAUGAAAUGUCAUCUUUUGAUGAGAAGCAGGCUACAACACUUUUGAAGGAGAGUCCAGUAGAAUUUGUUAACUACAAUAAGCAUCAGUUGAGUCGUGUCUAUCCUUCUGGUACACGUUUUGAUUCUUCCAACUUCAUGCCACAAGUGUUCUGGAAUGCAGGAUGUCAACUAGUUGCCCUUAAUUAUCAAACUCUAGACCUUGCAAUGCAACUUAACUUGGGAAUUUUCGAGUACAAUCACCGUUGUGGCUAUCUGCUAAAGCCAGAAUUUAUGCGAAGGCAAGACCGGAGACUGGAUCCUUUUGCAGAGUCAACAGUAGAUGGCAUUAUAGCUGGUACAGUUUCAGUACAUGUAAUCUCAGCACAGUUCCUCACUGACCGUCGGGUUGGUGUCUAUGUUGAAGUGGAUAUGUUUGGCUUGCCUGCAGAUACUGUGCGAAAAAAAUUUCGAACAAAAAUUGUGCCUAACAAUGGUAUUAAUCCCAUAUUUGACGAGGAAGCUUUCGUCUUUAAAAAGGUUGUUCUCCCAGAAUUGGCGAGUCUACGUAUAGCUGCAUAUGAAGAAUCAGGCAGACUAAUAGGACACCGUGUGCUGCCUGUUGUUGGCCUGUGCCCAGGGUACCGUCACAUUGCCCUGCGCAAUGAGUCAGGCCAGCCACUUCCAUUGGCUACACUCUUUGUACAUGUGGUUGUCAAAGAUUAUGUUCCUGACACAAUGUCGGACUUUGCAGAGGCUUUAGCAAAUCCAAUCAAAUAUCAGUCUGAGUUGGAAAAGCGAGAACAGCAGUUGGCCAUCCUCACUGAUGACACCGAUAUUGUUGAGGAUCAAGAGGAAACGGCACCUACUGCACGACAGCAGCGCAGCCCUUCAACUUGUGUGCCAGCAAUGGCAGUAAAGAUGGUGAGUGCUGAACUGACUCUUAUGGGUCCUGAUCGAAGCCCACGGCCAUCGCUGGCACAUGCGUUUGUUUCAACUGACUCGUCAGGUUCUUUCUCUGGGGUCCCUGUGGAUGGAGCAGCUGAUGGUGCACCUGUUGAUGGUACUCUACCACAAAAGACUCAGGAAAGAACGGAGAACACUACCAAAACUGGUCCACCACCAGUCAACAACUGCCCGUCUGAUAGUGGAGAAGAAGAGCUUGUAGCAGAGUCACUGGAGAAAUUAAUGGAGAACAAAGCUGUAAAGGAGAAAAAGCUAGAAUUGGAAAAGAAACUGGAAUCACUACGAAAAAAGCAUGAGAAAGAGAGAGCCCGUAUUCAAAUACAUAAAAGUUCCCAAGAUUCAGAGAAGUCAAAAUCCAAGUUCUCCAUGAGUCACAAGCUAGUCAAGAGGCUGUCAAGCAAAAAUAUAACUGAUAUGCAACACCAACAUCACCAUGAAUCAUCAGAACUGUCAGAGAGUGAAGGGGAAACAACACGUCAUGCAGGUAGUACAGGGCUACCUCGAAGUCACUCAGAGAGACUUCUUGCUAUGUUUCGGGAUCACAUACAUCAGGAGCGUGAGCUACAUGAAAGGUACCAUGAACUGGUUUACUCAGCAGUGGAAAAGUUGAUGGCAGCAUCUCAGGCAUCACAAAUGAAACUGUUAAGGGCCUUGCUAGAUCGUGAGACAGCAGAAGUUAUGAGGCGUUUACAAAGUGCACGACGUGAUGAGGUGAAAGCUCUUGCUAAAGUUCACCGUGACCGUGAUGAAAUGGUACGUGUGAAACGUGAGGUUGAUGCAGCAACAGUAGACAGGGGUGUGGCAGAGCGUAUGCGUUUGACACAGUUAUAUGAGCGCAGACGCUGCCGACUGGAGACUGCCCAUGAGCAGGUCCGGCAGAAAUUUCAAGCUGAAAAGGAAAAGGCACAAACAGCACUAAAGAAAGAAUAUGAGGGACGUUUUGCUAAAAUUGAAGAAGAACUAAAGGCUGCAAAGGCUAACUUUGAUGUUGCCCAAUGAAUUGUCUAACAAGUUUGUGUGUGCUGAAAACCAAAGAUUUGAUGUGGUGUCUUGCCAUACUGCAUGCUGGGGAGUGUAGAUGAGAACCCACUCCUGGCAGUAGCAGUAACAGCAAUAGCAGCAGCUCAGUAUUAUAUUGAAAAUGCAGGUCACAUCAGCACUAUUGAAAAAACAUUGACAAAUGGAGAUGGAGCCAUGAAUCUCGGUGAUGUAACAUCCCUUUUGAAGGGUUGCGGAGGCAAGAUCUUAACUAUCAUUGUAUACUUAAAGUUUAAGAAUCUGCGGUAAAAGUUAGGACAAUCAGUAGCUGCUACAAAGGAUACCCAUUCCUAUUGUAAAAGUAAAGAAAUAACUUGUAUUAGUGGCUCACACUUUAAAAUUUCUAGCUGCUGCUAAGCAGCACAGAUGACCAGUCAUUAAAUACUCUGUAAGCAUUGUUUAUAGCUACGACUUAAUAUGUAUUGUCAUUAGCUAAGAUUAGUGACAUUAAACAUCAUUGUACAUAUUAUACCAAAGCAUCAUUUAGCUAUAAGAUGAUAAAAUACUCAUUGUGAUGGUUUUUACAGUACAUAAAGACGAUAGCAACUAGACUGCUAGAAGCAUGCAACACUGUUUAAAAAAAAUAAGCAUGUCGUCUCAAAAAAAUAGAUCCCAUUCAUAUUGUAUUUAUAUUA